AUGGCGUCCGGUCGCCCGAAGAGGCGCGCCGCCCAGCCGCCGCCCAUCGAACCCGACAUCGAAGGCCGGGACGCCGCCACCGGGUCCUGCCACUGCUGCGGAGGGAUGCUCAGGCGCCACCCGGAAUCCGCCAAGCAGUGUGGCAAAUGCGGCGCCCGGUACCACACCUACGACUGCGGCAACAGGCGCAGCGAGGCUGGGUUCACCAACUUUGACCAGUGUCCUAGGGUGGGCGUCCUUCCAUCCUCGAUACUCCACGCAUCGACACGUCCGGGGCCCUGCGCCGAAGUUUGCCUGUGCACAGGAGGGCCGGUGGUCUGCCACACCAGAGCCCUUCGCGACUCCCGCCGGGUGAAGCGCCAGAACUCCUCCACCGGGCUACCGAUGGGCGGCGGGGAGGAAGACUUCGACAGCGCGACUCCAACGGACGAAAGAACCUCCGCCGAGGACAGCGCCACGAUCCAACAGCGGGACAGCCCCACAAUCCUCCGGAUAGAUGACCCAGAUGCCGCCGGCGACGUCGAUGGGCUCGACAACGACGAUUCCAUGGUGGACGAUCCCGCCGCGCCCGGAGGAAGUGGCCAGACGCGGCAUCAUCGCGAGAGGCUCCCCGCCGGGCUGCGCGCGGAGAUCGAGGCUCUUCGGGCGGAGAACGAACAGCUCCGAAGACGAUUGGCGAUGGGCGGUUCGACGUCCGUGCCCGUGUCUAUGAUGCUCGAACCGAGACCGGUCGAUGCGAUGAUGCACGACGGGGAGAGAAGGGCUAACUCACCGACGGUGGGCGCCGUCAAGGUCUUUUUCCCAGAGGAGGAGCCCGAGCCCGAGCCCGAUCGGGAGCCUUUCAACUGCUUCAACGCCUCGCGAACCAUGUACAUCGGAGACGCGUGGUCGGCGGAGAUCGUGCAGGCGUAUCGGGAGCGUCUCGCGCUGAAAGGGGGCUCGGACGCCGGUCCACUCACGGAACAGGCGGACAAGCGGAAGAUCUUUUGGCGAAACGUCUUAUUCUCGGUCCGAAUGGUGGUCUUAUUGUCGUUCUUGUUUUGGUCCAUCGCUUGGCACAUCGAGAGCGCUGCUCUGCAUGGCGCUGAAUGGCAUUACACCUUUUUCGCAGUGCUCUACGUCUUCGUCACCGUGUGGGCGUACCAAGGGUAUCGCAACCUCCUCGCGUACGGUCGCAUGGUCGUGGCGGACCUCAGACGCAAACGCGAAAAGGCCGGCGUCGCGGCGGCGUCCGGCCGGGUGUGA